CUGCGGAUGGCCAUGGCGGAAGAAACUGGCGCUUUCGUGGAACUUGGCCUCAUAGGCCUGGAUAAAGUUGCUGAAAAAUAUCACCAUAAAUUUCCCGGACGAUUCGGCAGGAGAAAGAAGAUUAAGAAGCAGCUGAGAACGCAUUCAGAGCCAAGAGUGUUGAGAGAUCGUGAAGACUCUGAUUCGGAGUCUGACGACGAUGACCAUAGGUCGAUGUAUGUGCCAGACAGUGACAGGGACAGAGACCGUGAUAAGAGGGAAGAUAGGGACAGAGACGCUUCAUAUGCGUCUCGUGCUGGAGAUACUGGGGGUGGUGUGUACUAUCCUGCUUCCUCCGCUAGUGACAGGGCGGUUCUGCGAGGAGGUGGUCGAGCAUAUGGGUACUUGGGCGGAUAUCAGGCUGCUCCUCGGGGACCAUCACCAGCCCCUAGAGUCGCCCCACGGCCUGAGACAUCAAAGUAUGACGGAUAUGAACCAUAUCCCCGUGGUCGCGCCUUGCCCUCACGACGGCGUUCGUUCUCUCACUCUCCUCCCCGUCACUCCCACCGGCUUCGUUUCCACUCCCCAUCUCGGCAGCGUGUGCGCUCAAAGUCGCCCAGCCAUCAUCGAGCCACCGCUACCAUUGUAGGAGCUCUAACUGGAGGCUUCCUUGGGAACCAGGUCAACAAGGGCAGCACGUUGAUGACGAUCGCAGGUGCCGUGGUUGGCGGGCUUGGUGCUCGAGAGGCCGAGAAGGCCUACGACAGGAGGAAGGACAGGGAGUUUGAGGAGGAGGAGCGCCGGGAGGAGCGUCGGCACAGGAAGCGCGACUCCUACUAAACCAGACUAAACAUAAGAACUAGGAAUGGGAAGGACAAGUAUCCUGGAUCCCUCACGGACGCGUCGGCGUCGAUACGAGGAUGAAUUGACGAAAUUACAACGGCCAGUGGUAUGGGUACGGCUUGCUGACCUAGGUGCAUGCUAGAUAAUCU